AUGGCCAACAUGAACCCCAUGGGCGGCCCUGUUGGCGGUGCCCCCAUGCCCAUGAUGAACAACGGCGCCAUGAACCCCCAGGCUGCUGCUGCCGCUGCCGCCGCCGCCGCGUCUCGCCAGCAGCAAGCAAAUGACAACCAGCGCAGUAUUCUCAACACAUACAUCUACGAGUACUUUAUCCGCAUGGGAAUGUACGACUGUGCCCGUUCGCUUCUGUCGAGCGACCAGCAGGUCAACGUGCUCAAGGAUGGCGCGAACCGCCGUCGCGACGAGAACGGCAAUCUCAUCAACGGAGUCGGCGACGACCCCAUGGACACCGACUCCAAGGACGAUAUCGACGCCAAGCUCCCCGACGAUCUGCCUCCGCCGAAGCUCCCCAUGCCCGCCUCCGAUACCUCCUUCCUGUACGAGUGGUUCUCUGUCUUUUGGGACAUUUACUACGCGCAGCGCGCCAAGAGCAACAACAACACCAUUAACCAAUAUGUUGCGCACACCCAGCAACAGUCCCGGCUAAAGCAGAAUCAUCAGCAGGAACUUCUGCGCCAGAUGCGACCAGACAUGGCCCAACAACAAUACCAAAUGAUGCGAAACAUGCAGAAUGGCAACAUGGCUGCCAUGAACAUGAAGCAGCCUCUUGUCCGCACCGCCAUGGCUAACGCCAACAACCCUCAGAUGCAGAUGGUCCAGCAGGCCAAGCAAAACCAGAUGCAACGAGACCCCUCCGGCAUGGACGGCCGAGACAGACCCUCCUCUCCGGCUUCUGGGGAGAACGCUCCGUCGCCGUCCAAGAGACAACGUCUCGAAGGUGGCCAAUUCAACCCUAACCAGCCCGGCAUGAUGCCUAACGGCCGUCCGGGUCAGGGUAUGCCUGGACAGCAGAUGCCCGGCGGUCCUAACGUCGCCGCCGCUCAGCAGAUGCUUACCGCAAAUGGCAUCAACCCCAACACGCUACAUCCGCAGCAGCUGCAGACAUUUGUAAACGCCCCUCCCGCCGCCCAGCAAAAAUCGAUUGCCACUUACUCUCAGAACCUCCAGCAGCAUCACGGAACCCAGAUGGGAGGCAACAAGAUGCCUAAUGCCCCUCAGGGACAGGGAUCACCGAUGAUGGCUCAGGGCCCCGACGGAACCGCUCUCAACGCAUUCUACAACCCGGGUGAGAUGGGUGGCCCAGGCGGCAUGCGGCCGGGGCCCAACGGUCCUCAGACUGCCGGGGGCAGUAACCAUGCCCUCCAGGACUAUCAGAUGCAGUUGAUGCUCCUCGAGCAGCAGAAUAAGAAGCGACUCAUGAUGGCUAGGCAGGAGCAGGAUACUAUCGGCAACGGUAUGCCCAGAGAAGGCGGCCCCGGCCAACCAGGUGGCCCUCCAGGACCUAACGGACAAUUCCCAGACACAUCUCCUCAAGCCAUGCGAGCCGGCGCCUCACCCAACCCUGCUGAGCAGAUGAAGCGCGGUACACCCCAGAUGAACAACUCUGGCAUUCCUUCGCCCGUCCCCGAGGGCGGCCAGUCUCGUGGCUCUCCCAACCCGGCGAUGAACUUUAUGAACAACCACGUGGAACCUGGUAUGGCACCUCACUUCUUUAAGGGAAUGGAGGGCGGUAUGGCUGGUCAACCACCUAUGAACGGUAACAUGCGACCUCCCAGCUCGCAUCCUGGCCAGCCUUUCAAUGGACAAAUGACGCCGCAGAUGAUGGCACAGGCACGUCAACAAGCAGCCCAGCAGGGUCAGCCAGGACAAGGACCUCAGGGUCAGCAAUGGCAACAGGGGCCAAAUGGUCAGAUGGUACCUCAGCAGAUGCAACAGGCCAGCCCUCAAAUUCAAGGAACGCCCCAACAGCGAUCAAUGCCUCCUCCUCAGGCACCACCGGCGAACGCCAACAACCGGACGACAGCUUCGCCUCAACAACCAGCGGCUGCUCCGCCUACCCCUAGUCAGACUAACAAGGCAGCACCCAAGAAGAAGGAAUCCAAGGCGGCCAAGGACAAGCGUACUGCUGCUCAGAAGAAGUCGAAUCCCAACCUCAACAACGCGGGUGCUACUCCCUCUGGUGACAACAAUGACCAACAAGAGACGCCUACGCCUGCAACUCCCAUCAACGCCAACGCCAACCUCAAGAACGGACAGGCUGGGAACAACCAGCCUACCACAGCACCUGCCCCUGCUCCUCCCGCAGCUGCAACCAGUGCUCCUCCAGCUCCGCCAGUGGCUCCUCAGGGCCACGACCCUAACCAAAACAUGGCCAUGGAUAACACCUUUGGUGGCAUGUUUGAUAUGGGUCCUAGCAUGGAGCUGGCAAAUCCCAUUGACGGCAGUAACGUGCUCAACGACUUUGACUUUGACUCGUUCCUCCACGAUAAUGACGGAGACAACGGGGCCUUUACCUUCCCGGAGGCGUUCUCGAUGGACAACGAGAUUGGAGCGGAUUAA